AUGGUCUUGGCGGAUCUCGGACGUAAAAUUACGUCCGCGUUGCGAUCGCUCAGCAAUGCGACCGUCAUCAACGAGGAGGUUUUAAAUUCUAUGCUAAAGGAAAUAUGUGCGGCAUUACUUGAAGCUGAUGUAAAUAUUAGAUUAGUGAAAAAAUUACGAGAAAAUGUACGCCAGGUUAUCGACUUUGAAGAUAUGGCUGGUGGCCUUAAUAAAAGAAGGAUGAUACAGAGCGCAGUUUUCAAAGAACUUGUGAAGCUAAUUGAUCCUGGUGUUAAAGCGUAUCAACCUGUAAAAGGCCGUCCUAACGUAAUUAUGUUUGUCGGUUUGCAAGGUUCUGGUAAGACAACUAGUUGUACCAAGCUUGCGUAUCACUAUCUUAAAAAAAACUGGAAAGCUUGCUUGGUAUGCGCUGAUACUUUUCGUGCUGGAGCAUACGAUCAGAUCAAACAAAAUGCUACAAAAGCCAGAAUACCAUUUUAUGGCAGUUAUACGGAAGUAGAUCCUGUAGCAAUCGCUCAGGAUGGUGUCGAUAUGUUUAAGAAGGAAGGAUAUGAGAUUAUUAUUGUAGAUACAAGUGGAAGACAUAAACAAGAGGAAUCGUUGUUCGAGGAAAUGUUGCAAGUCGCCAAUGCUGUGCAACCAGACAAUAUAAUCUUUGUAAUGGACGCGACGAUAGGUCAAGCAUGCGAAGCGCAGGCGAAAGCUUUUAAAGAACGCGUCAAUGUCGGUUCCAUUAUAAUCACAAAAUUAGAUGGACAUGCUAAAGGUGGUGGAGCACUUUCUGCUGUUGCAGCGACACAAAGUCCUGUAAUAUUCGUUGGUACAGGAGAACACAUAGACGAUCUAGAACCGUUUAAAACAAAACCAUUUAUUAGCAAGUUACUGGGUAUGGGAGACAUUGAAGGUCUCAUUGACAAAGUAAAUGAGCUCAAUCUAGACGAUAACGAAGAAUUACUUGAAAAGAUCAAACAUGGUCAAUUUACUUUACGAGAUAUGUAUGAACAGUUUCAAAAUAUCAUGAAGAUGGGACCAUUUUCACAAUUAAUGGGUAUGAUUCCUGGAUUUAGCCAAGAUUUUAUGUCGAAAGGGACAGAACAGGAAUCGAUGGCAAGAUUAAAACGACUCAUGACUAUUAUGGAUAGUAUGAACGAUUCAGAGCUGGAUAGUAGAGAUGGAGCUAAAUUAUUCAGCAAACAACCUGGAAGGAUAGUAAGAGUAGCAAGGGGUUCUGGUGUAACAGAGAAAGAGGUCAAAGAUUUAAUUACACAGUAUACAAAGUUUGCAGCGGUUGUUAAAAAAAUGGGAGGCAUAAAGGGUUUGUUCAAGGCAGGAGAUAUGGCAAAGAACGUUAAUCCCACACAAAUGGCAAAACUGAAUCAUCAAAUGGCUAAAAUGAUGGAUCCACGAGUAUUACAUCAAAUGGGUGGUAUGCCUGGAUUACAAAAUAUAAUGAAACAAUUACAACAGGGCGCUGCAGGUGGAUUGGGAAAUUUAAUGGGUGGUUUCGGUGGUAAGUCCUGAGAUGAGGUUUCAGGCAGUGAACAUACUGCCGUUAAGGAUGUUAAAUACCGUUAUAUACAUCUCACGAGAAAGUUAUGUCGUAUCUGAGUUACUGAUUACUGAGAAAAUUUUAAAAUUUGUUCUUUUCAUAUUGUGUUUUAUAAAUGUCAUGAAAAUCGCAUGUAAUAUGAAGCGACAUUGAUAGUGAAUUCUUCGACAUCUUUCUACCGUGUUUUCGAUCGCUCAUCGAAUCGAAUAAAUAUCUUUGGAUGUAAAUGCAAUAAAUUAUCAAAAUACGCUACGAAAUGCGUGUCAUAAUGAAAAAAUUAAUUUAUUUCGACACUGUUUAUAGUCCUUUUAUCUAUCCUUGUAUCAUAAUUCAAUUUAGACGAUGUUAUGAACAAGAUUGUUACUAUUCUUUUUAAUAUUAGUAUUGCAAUUACAAGUACGUAAAAAAAAGGUUUUGGAUAUUAUCAUAUUCAAAUGAUAAAAGUGUAAUAUGUGAUGUGUAAUUACAAAUGUAAGUAUUCAUAAAAGGAAUGUACGCGCGCACGCGCGCUUUGUUAUGAAGAAAUAAAAAUUAGCAAUA